GGAGGGUGGCAGUGAAUGGCCUGACUAUUCAUUGUAAAUAAAACAGAUCCGCGCAGCCGUCAUUGCGCAAGGAUGGCUGACUCGGAGUCCUUGGAGGACACGCUGCCCGAGGAGGAGAGGGAGUUUCAGAAGAUUGUAGCUGUGAUCGGUGGUAAAGAGAAGAUUUAUUUGGUCAGCGAUGCCUGUCAACCUAAAGGGGUGGACGGGGAUGACGCUGAAGUACUGGAAGAGUUCAUACAUGACAUGUUUCGCAGCAGCAGCAGCCACGCGAACAGCAACGGGCAGCCCCAGUCCUCUAACUCAAGCAAUCAGGACGACGCUGCGAGUGAAAACUACAUCGGCAGCACGACAGAGAGAGCUAAAUGUACUGAUAUACCUCUAACAGUGAGGCCCGGGGAUUUGGAUUUGAGAGCCUCUCGGGUGGAAGAGGACAGGGAGAAGGAGAAGCAGGUGACCCGCAACGGCAACGCUCCGAGAACAGCAAUGAGGACAGGAAACAUUUACAGCCGAAAGCGAGCGAUAGACUCUCCUGUCAUCGUCUUCAUUUUCAGACAGAUAUUUGUCAGCAAGAAAUCCAACGAAGUGUGCUUAAAAGAGAUCCUGAAGGACGUGAGGGCGCGUACGAAACGUGCCAGAAUCGCCCGACCAGCUCUGAUUGGAUUAAUACGUACCCAACAAGAGAGCGCCGAGACGUCUCAGUGUGCGCAACUCCUGGAGUGUCUGAUCCGUUCAGUGUUCCACAAACAUCCACCAGAGACAAUAUGGACCGGCUGUUUCAUCCCAAGGGCAGAAGCCCAAAUGCUCAGCAUCAAGAAAAAUGCCUGCAAAGUCAUACACUCAUCUCAAACAGCAGAUAAUACCAGGAAUAGAGGGAACCCGCUUUUCUGGCCAUUCCAAUGUUUGUUCUGGCCUCAAAGAAGAGGAGCCAGGGGCCAAGCCAACAACUCCUCAACCAGCAGGCAAAGAGGUGACCCUGGAAGUGUAGAAGAAGGCAUCCCUCUGAAAACCAAUUCAAUGUCUGUUGGACGUCAUGUGGAUGAAGAGCCAGCUGGAGGGGACAGCUGAUGUCAAGACACAUGACCUUUGGCUGCAGGCCUAUCACAAAGGACAAUCCUGUUUUUACUGUGAAGGGAAAAGUUGGCCUCAUGGUGCUAAAGAGCCUUAAUACAUUUUACAGCGUCUCUUUAUGGUACUCAAUAUCCUUACUGCUGAGCCAACUUGAUUCUUGUCCUGAAGCAAUAUGUUGUUUAAUAGUCAAAUCUUUCUCAUUUACACAUUGUCUUUGAUAUGCAAUAGUUGAUCUUCAAGGGACUUAUUGUGUAUGUACAUACAAGUUAGUCAUACAUGUCUUUUCACAUGAAUAGCACGGUUUUGCAGAGACCUUCAGACAGACUUGUAUGUUAGCUUAUUACAAGUGGAGACUACAGAAGGGUAAGGCAAGACUUUUUACGGUGCACACUGAAACACAGGACAAAAUUACCAACUGGACAAAUAGGGCAGCUGCUCCAUGGGCCCCAAGAGCUCCAGGCUUACAGUGUGUCAGCUGGUUUAUGCUAAUUAAAUCAAAUAUUUAUUCGGGGAUAUACACCAUCAAAGCACAAUAUCAACUGUAUUAUUUUAUUAACUUUAUUACUCUAUCUGACUGUGAAGCCCUAUUAUGAAAAGGGUCCCUCUAUCACAAUCUAGUUUCAAGGCCCACAUUAUGUUAGUUUUACAGUACAUAAACUCAGCAAGCUCUUUAUUAGGAACUGCAGUUGUCCAAUCAGCCAUUCAUGUACCAGCAGUGUCGUUCAUAAAAUCCUGCAGAUUCAGGUCAGGAGCAUCAGUUACUGUUCGCAUCAAACAUCAGAAUGAAGAACGAAUGUGAUCUCAGCGACUUUGAUCAUAGCAUGAUUGUUGGUGCUAAAUGGACUGGUUUCAGUAUUUCUGAAACUGCUAUCUUGGGAUUUUCACACACAUAAUGCAACACCUUGUUGAUGAGAGAGGUCAGAGGAGAAUGGCCAGAUUGGUUGGAGCUGACAGGAAGGCUACGCUAACUCAGAUAACCACUCUUUACAAUUGUGGUGAGAGGAAAAGCAUCUUCCAGUGGACAUAGGCUUAUCAAAACUGGACAAUUGAGGACUUAAAAAACGUAGCCUGGUCUGAUCAAUCUGGAUUUCUGCUGAGGCUGUAGUUGGGAGCUUCAGAAUGGUGAACAGUGUGAAUCCAUGGACCCAACCUACCUUGUGACAAAAGUCCAGGCUUAUGGUGAUGUAAUGGUGUGGGGAAUAUUGGGCCCCUUGAUGUCAAUCAGUCAUAAUAUUGAAUACCACAGCCUAUCUGAGCGUUGCUGCUGACCAUGUAGUUCCCUUUCUGAUCACAGUUUACCAUCUUCUAAAGGCUACUUCCAGCAUGAGAAUGCACCAUGUCUCAAACUGGUUUCAUGAACAUUACAAUGAGUUCAAUGUACUUAAGUGGCCUCCGCAGUCACCAGAAUGUGCAGCUGACAAAUCUGCAGUAAUUCUGUGAUGCAAUCUUGUCAACAGGGGCCAGAAUGUUUCCAGCAUCUUAUUGAAUCCAUGCCAUGAAGAACUGAGGCUUUUUUUAGGCCAUACCCAGUAUUGUUAUGGUGCUCCUAAUAAAGUGCUCACUGAGUGUGUAUAGUUUGCAUAUUCCUAUAUUAAUGUGCUGAAUUAUCACACUUCUGAUCCGGGGCUUCUCACUGCACAGAGAACAGGAAUAACUGGGAUUUAUGAGGGGCCUACCUCUUUUUAUUUUGUUCUGGCCAUGGUCACGCAAUGUGAUGUUUUAUCUUUUCUCUCUUUCAUUUAUGAGAAUUUUGUGCCUUAGAUGAAUACUAUUGACAAUUGUAUCAUCUUUAACAGAAAUAGUGCACUCUGCUUUUUAAUGAAGGCUACAAACUGGUCUGUCUAUUCAUAUAAAUAAACACAUUUAAACGUG